AUGUGGAAGUACGUGGUUUUCGUGUGUCUACCCAUCUCCUGGGCCACAGCUCAGAACAGCAGAACGUCAGCUCAUCAGGAGCACGGGCAUGGCUGGGACAUCCGACUGGCGGUGCCUGGUGAACCUGGAAGCGACUACCCUACGCUCGGCGCUAUUCCUAGGACAUCCUUCUCUUGCGCUGGAAAGGCACCAGGAUACUACGCUGACUUGGAAACCAAUUGCCAAGUGUUCCGCGUUUGCACCCUCGGAUCUACUUACGGAUUCCAGUCGUUUCUUUGCCCGAACGGAACACUCUUCAACCAAGCUGUCUUCGUCUGCGACUGGUGGAUGAACGUGAAGUGCCAGGAGUCAGCGCAACUUUUCAAUAACAACAAUGAGAAAUUUGGAAACCUAAGACUUGGUCCCCAGCUCAUGAAGGACAUCAAGAAAAUGCUCACGCAUCCAAUGCGAAAUCCUUACGAUAAAACUGCGAUGAAGAGCAAUCUUGUCGUGAUGCAAGAUUACAAGCCACCUUUUGGACAAUUGUUCCCCAAUGGAGCUCUAAUAGCUGGUCCCGAAAGACCUCCCAACAAUAUUUACGUGCCUGCAAAGCAAGUGCAAUUCAGUCAAAAUAAUUUCGGAGGCAAUGAUAUCGCAUUUGCUGCUUCCACUCCUGAUCCCCGAUACCUUCCCGCAGCAUUCAAUAAUGGCCAAAGAGAUGCUGAAGUAUUUCAACGGCAACGGCAAUAUGGUCAAUACGCUCAAAACCAAAGACUCCAAAAUGCUCCAGGAACUGUUAUUUCUAACGGGCAUGCAGGACAAUUUACACAAAUGAUAAGUAACGCUAAUCUACUAUCGACGCGACCUACUCAGAGCUAUAACAAUGGAAUCGUACAAUACGGGCAAAGACAAUUAAGUAAUACGCGACCUACUCCAUCAAUUUCCACACAAAACGCAAUAAACAUUCAGAGAGGACAGCUGAAUCAACUAAACUCACAAUACACAAACUAUCAAAAUCCUGCUAGAUUGAAUAGUGGGAAACAAUUGUCAUUUGGUGAACCUUUAACAAACCAACAGUACAAUUCAAAUCAAGUUCGACAACCCUACACAUAUCAACAACCACCAUUGCAAUUUUCCAAUGAAAUUAAUGGUAAAGUUGGUAAUGAGGCGAAACAAAACCUGGUAAGUGCAGACAACGAAAUACCUUCUACAGUUAUUACUAAAACACUAACACUUAAAAGAGUCAUUCAGGAACCGAAACGUGGUGGCCCUAAAUCCAGAAUUACAGUUAAGACUUGGAUAGUGAAACCAUCUAAAAGUGCUAAAUUAAUAAACUCUACACCUUAUACUUAUGAGAAACCUACGCAGCCUCCAGCGGAAAAGCUGAUUGACACUACUCCUUAUGUAUACAAUAGACCAACUAGCCAGUCAGCAAAAUUAACGAAGGAAGCUGAACAACCUUACGUUUAUAAUAAACCAACAACACAAACAGCAAAACUAAGAUCAGAAUCAGAACAACCUUAUGUAUAUAACAAGCCUACGGCAAGGCUUGUAGCAGAAAAAGAACAAGCUUAUGUUUACAAUAAGCCAACAGCAAGACUGGUAACAGAAUCGGAACAGCCUUAUGUUUAUAAUAAACCUACGACAGCAGCAGCAAAACAGAUAGUUUCACCAUCUAAGGAACCAUCUCGGGCUUAUCUAACACCGACCACACCCCGUCAAACCUUAUCUCGCUUAUAUCUAACACCGACAUCAUUGCCACCUACGCAAGCUUCACGACUUUACCUUGCUCCUACAACAUACAAUCCUUCUUCAAGACUUUACCUGCCACCUUUACAAAGCUCACCUGUCUUAUCUCGGCAAUAUCUAGCACCACCUACUCUACAACAGCCAGAAUCAUAUCAAAGUGAGCAGUUAAGAGCCGCUCCCACUACACCAUCGCCAACUUACGCAGUUCCAAUUACUGAAGUAUUAAGCAGUUCAGAUUUUCCACAAUCAAAACAAUCUCAAACCGUUACUAAUGAUAAAAACCUUACGUUUACUGACAUACUUACCAAAGAAAAAUUAGAUCUUACAGUCAAUGAUAUUGUAAAAGAUACUAGGACAUUCUUGAAAACUGCAUCUCCUCCCCAGUUUGGGGAGUACCGAAGUGAUAUAAAUGUCGUAGAUUAUGUUGAUGAAAAUUAUUUACCACCCGAACCUAUUAGUACUGACAGUGGUGAAAAAUUAACUUCUCAGCUUCCUACAACGGAGCUUAAAAGUGCUCGUCUGGUAGCUACCCCGUCCACUGAUCUAGUACCUCCGGUUGAAACAUUUACUAACGAUAAUCAAAAUUCUAAUCAACUUUCAAAUUUGCCAUUUUAUAAAGAAUCAUUAGUUCCCACGAACACUAUCGAAAGAACAGUUUCAUUAAAAAUUUCAAUACCCGAAACAAUUGCCACUUAUUUGUUUAAAAAUCAGAGCGAAAACAAUUUUGAUCAUCUUGAAAUAUUAAAUACUGGCAGCAGUAACUAUCUAGUUUUAACUAACAAUGCAGAAUCAAAGAAAAAUGGUGCAAGUUUUAUACCUAUUGGAAAAAUAGUCGUAGAUAAACCAACCAACAUUUCUAAUUCACAGGCACUGGUGUUUUCACUCCUGGCAGACUCAAUCAACGUAGCCAAAGAAUACAGCAACACAGCACAUCAAGAACAGUCAGCACAGUUACGAGCACCAAUUCAAAACAUUAAUAAUGAUGAUUUAGCGCAUAUCACAAAUAAAAUAUCUCAACUCACAUCCUCACAAUAUUCAGGAAACAAUCAGGCAUAUAAAUCUGCGAACAUUGUAUCCACAGUUCAAACUACAACAAAAGAUCAGGGUUAUCAGUAUAGAGAUUCUGGAACAAAUAAUUUGUCACAAAACCAAAUUCAAUCAAGCCAAAGAGUUCAGAAUAAUUAUGGGUCGACACAAACCACUAAUCAACCACAGUCCGCGCGCUUACAAAGCGGCACAGGCGUGCAAUAUAACACAGUACAGUCUAAUUCUAAACAAGUAUACAGUGGCCAGUUAUACCAACUUCCAGUUCCCGAAGUGACUAAUCAGUAUUACAAUGGACAAAAUAAUGGAAAUGUACAGUCUAGUAAAAUCCAACAACAGGAAAACUUUUCCAGCCAAAAUAACAAUGUUGUAAGUAGUAAUAACAAUAACAGGGCCCCUGAUGGUGAUGUGGAAAUUAUCAAAUCACAGUCCAUCCCCAUCACAUCUGGAAAGCUACAAGCAUCUCCCACAACUGAAUUAGACGAAUUUAACAGUCAAGAGAACUUUAGUAAAUUCAUAAGUACAAAUAAUGGCAUCUCUGCUCAGUUACAAGAUAAAAUUGUAGGGACGAUAAACCAUCCGUUAUCAGACAAUAAACUUGUGACCUAUAAAAAGGAUGAAUCGUACUAUGUCUAUACAAAACUAGACAACUCAUUUCCACAAAAUAUACAAACUAACGGAAACCUAGUGCAACUGAAUAUUGACGGUAGUCAAAAGAGUGCUAAAUUAACUCAGGGAAACGAUUUUCCGAAUGUCGUUGCAUUCCAAUUUAUUCCUUCAGUUAGCUAUCAGUUAGAAGAUGAAAAGGAACAACAAAAAAUUUUAAAUGCUUUCCAGAUUGAUGAGUUUGGAAGUCCUAAGCAAAAGCUAGUUCAAACUUCUAGUGUAGAUUAUUCUGUUGAUCACACGCCUUCAGCUAAGCAAUUUGAUAGGCAGUUUAAUGAAGUAAAUAAUUUAUAUGCCGGUCCUUCGUCAUAUUCGGCUCCUCAAUCAUCAGUUGGGAAACUACAGUCGAGACAGGACAACGUUAAUGCGAGAUUAGAGCUUGAAGAAAAUAACAAUGGGUAUUCUAAAGUUGUCCCAUCACGCCAAUUUACUUUUUAAGACAUAGUUGUGAGCAAUUUAUUUAUUUAAGAAAAUAUCUAAUAGGUACUUAGAUUUUAUUAUUGUAAAUAAAACCAAAUUAUUUAAGUUUUGUAAGUUAUGAUAAUAUUAAAAAAUCAUUAUAUU